GGGCGAGGAAGGGGACUGCUGGCCCCGCCCUCAGUCCCUUUGGUAGGCUGCGCUUCCUCCUCUGAGGGAGCGGUUGCCUCGCUGCGGCCGCCACCUGGACUUUCUUCAGGCUCCAGCUAUAUCUGCCAACCACGAGGAGACCAGGGAGGAAAAGCGGAGCCGAGAAGCCCGUACCCCUCACCUUCCACGCCGUUUUCCGCCCGAGAUCGGCCAGGCAGGGAUGGGCGACAAGAUUUGGCUGCCCUUCCCCGUGCUCCUCCCGGCCGCUCUGUCCCUAGUGCUGCUGCCGGGGGCGGCCGGCUUCACCCCCUCCUUGGACAGUGACUUCACCUUUACCCUUCCGGCCGGCCAGAAGGAAUGUUUUUACCAGCCCAUGCCCCUGAAGGCCUCGCUGGAGAUCGAGUACCAAGUUUUAGAUGGAGCAGGAUUAGAUAUUGAUUUCCAUCUUGCCUCUCCAGAAGGCAAAACCUUAGUUUUUGAACAAAGAAAAUCAGAUGGAGUUCACACUAUAGAGACUGAAGUUGGUGACUACAUGUUCUGCUUUGAUAAUACAUUCAGCACCAUUUCUGAGAAGGUGAUUUUCUUUGAAUUAAUCCUGGAUAAUAUGGGAGAACAAGCACAAGAACAGGAAGACUGGAAGAAAUAUAUUACUGGCACAGAUAUGUUGGAUAUGAAACUAGAAGACAUCCUGGAAUCCAUCAACAGCAUCAAAUCCAGACUAAGCAAAAGUGGUCAUAUCCAAACUCUGCUUAGGGCAUUUGAAGCUCGUGAUCGAAACAUACAAGAAAGCAACUUUGAUAGAGUCAAUUUCUGGUCUAUGGUUAAUUUAGUGGUCAUGGUGGUGGUGUCAGCCAUUCAAGUUUAUAUGCUGAAGAGUCUAUUUGAAGAUAAGAGGAAAAGUAGAACUUAAACUCCAAACUAGAAUACUUAACAUUGAAGUAAGAGGCAGAAAAAGGCAAUAAACUGUUACAGUCAGGACCAUUAAUAGUCUUUUCCAAAAUGUUUCCAGGCAUUAUCAUAAGUGUGAAACAGGUAUAAUUUUAAUGUGAAAGGAAAGUCUUCACUCUGUGCAAGUAAUAUUAUUGAUCCUGAUGUACUUAAGUAAAUAACAGGAAUAUUUUGCAGAAUAUAGGUUUAAUUGAAUGAAGCCAUAUUAAUAACUGGAAAAUUUGUGAAUGUCACAGAUUUAAAUAAAUGACCAUUGGGCCUAAUGAAACACCAAACAGUCUGUUUUUAAAAGUUUCUGUUGCCCAGAAGUUUCUUUAUAAAUGUGGCAAUUACAAAUUAAUUGUAGAAGUUUUCAAUAUAUUGUUAUAAAUCAUCUGAGAAUUACCCAAAUAUGGAUUGAAUAUAUCUUAGAAGAAAAACGCUCAGCUUUUCUCUAUGUAUAUAUCAUUUCUCCUUUAAACAGAAGCAUAGCUUCGAAAUACAACAAGGUUUGAGAUUUUUAUAACCAAAUAUAUUUCAAUGUAAAUAUUAACAAAAGGUAUUAGUUUUAUAUACUUAGCCUAUAUUCCCAAAAGCCGACAUUUUGAUAAUUCUUAAAAAUGCAAAGUUAUACUUUCCUCAUUAAAGGUAGGACACAUUUUCCCUUUGCAGUGAAGAAUAUAGAAAGGUUGCUCAAUCUAGAUAAGGACACAUUCUGUCUAGCCCUUAACUGAGGUACAGAAUUUAAAAAUUAAAUGUGAGGUAAAAUAAGUUUAUUUUUUAUAAUAUAUGUCAAUAGUGUUAUAUUAAUUUUAAUAUGAUUACUGACUUGGAUAAUACAUUAUUACCAGCAGUUGUGAAAGAAAUAUUGCUAAAAGAAUCUGGUCUGGGCCUCACAUAAAUAUCUCCUUUUCUGAGUUCUCAAAAUUAUCAGAACAAUAACAAAGAACUUAGGUAAACUUGAGAAUACUUGAUCCAAAAUAAAGUUCACUUAAAUAGUACUAUAAAUAAGUAUCUGGAAUCUGAUUGGCUUAUCAUGAUAUCCCAGUUCUAAUAUAAAUCAUAGCAGAUUAAUUUCCAGUUAACUGGAAGAAACUGUAUUUGCUUACCGGUUUUAUUUUUUUACAAUUAUUCUGUUUUGAAUUAUCUUUUGUAAGUGUUCAGGUACAUUUUAUGAAAUGUAAGUCCUACUGUAAGGUUUAGCACUGGGUGUAAUUAUUUAUUACAAUUUUUAUUGUAACUUUCAUAAAAUGACCUUUUUGAUCACUUUAUUUAUUGACAUUUUAGUAAGGAUUGGAAACACAGAGAUCCAAGUUAUAAACACCCAAUAUAUGAAUAACCCAUAUAUUCAUAAAAAGUCUCUGUCAUCCUAGCUUAUCGCAGUCUAUGGAGUCUAACUCAAGUAUUAGUAAUUUAACUUCAUCAUGAAAAAAUAUUGUUUAUGACAAAUAUAUUGUGAGUUAGAAAAAAAUCAACUUAAAAAUUUGGGUAUAGUACCCAUCUAUAAGUUAGUACUGCUGGAAUUCUUGAUAAGCAAUAAUGAUAUCCAGGGAGAGUGAUUUCACUUAAAAUUUACACUCAGUGGCAGAGAAAGAUGUGUUUCCCCCUCCUUAGGCCCUUUGGAGAAGAAUAGAAACUCAGAUUUCCCUACUCUGAGGCUUUUAAAAAAUGAGAUAAAUGCCACAUUGAUCCAUUACCUUAAUUGGCCAAGUAAAUGCUUCAGGUGUCCAGGAGUAGCUCCUGUAACACUUGCAGAACAAGGGUCAAUAAGAUCAUUGCCUAAGAAGAGCCUUCCCAUUUCCCCUGUUAAAUUCAUAAUGAGAAGCAAAGUUUCAGUACCGUAACUAAUAAAGCAGGGUACAGCUAUAAACUACUGCAUCUUUGCUAUAUAAAACUGUGAUUAACAAUUCUACCUCUUCUGUAUGGCUGUUAUUGUACUCUGAUUCCUUACCUAACAUUGAAUUUGUUUAUCAUCUUCUGCAUAUGUAAUUUGUGCUACUAAUUUUAAACCUAUUAACUUCUUGCCAUAUAAAAAUAAUAAAGGCUUUAUUUGGAAAACAAAGAA